CUCGCCGCAUGCACAUGCCCGCGUCACAUCGCGGACCACGACCUCCAUUGCCUUUUGAUUUUUGCUCCCUUCGUCAUGUCCUUGACUAACGCAAACCCACUCGAGGCUGCUCGUGCGGCUCGGCUGUCGUCGCGCAAGCUUGCUGUCCUGCCUACCCAAGCCCGCAACGAUGCCCUGACCGCCAUCCAUGCUGCCCUCACCGCUGCCCAAGCCGACAUCUUAGCGGCCAACUCUCGUGACCUGGAGGCUGCUACCCAAGCAGCCCAAAGCGGCGAGCUCAAAGAAAGUUUGAUCAAGCGGCUCGACUUGGGCCGUAAGGGAAAGUAUGAAGACAUGCUGCAGGGCAUUCUCGAUGUGAGAGAUCUAGAGGACCCACUUGGAAAAGUCGAAGUGCGGACGUUGCUUGACGACGGCCUACUCCUCGAACGGAGGUCGUCCCCCAUUGGCGUCUUACUCAUCAUUUUCGAGGCCCGUCCGGAGGUGAUUGCUAACAUUGCUUCGCUGGCCAUAAAGUCCGGCAAUGCUGCCAUCUUGAAGGGUGGAAAGGAGUCGACGGAAUCUUUCAAGGCCAUCUCUACUGUCAUUUCAGAUGCGCUGCAGUCCACAGAAGUGCCAAACGACUGCUUGCAGCUCGUGACCACCCGCGAUGCCAUCAAACCUCUGUUGGAACUCGAUCAAUACAUUGAUCUCGUUAUUCCCAGAGGAAGCAACGAGCUAGUGUCGUCCAUCAAGAAGGGCACGCAAAUCCCAGUUCUGGGACAUGCUGACGGCUUGUGCAGCAUCUACAUUCGUGCAGACUGUCCGUCUGACAUGGCAGCCAAGCUUGUCGUGGACGCCAAGACCAGCUAUCCUGCGGCAUGCAAUAGUGUCGAGACGCUCCUAGUGGAUGAAGAUGCUCUCAACUCCGUUCUUCCCCCCGUCGUCGAGGCGCUAUUGGAAAAGGGUGUCCGCUUGCGUUGUGAUGUAGCAUCUAAAGCCGCGCUUUCUUCUGCGCUUGGCAAACACCAGGCAGCGUUCUUGCAGGAUGCCGAGGAGCAGGACUAUCGGACUGAAUUCCUCGACCUUAUCCUGGCAAUCAAGACGAUUCCGCAGGCAGCUUCUCCGGAGGAGGCGGCAGACGUUGCCAUUGCCCAUAUCAAUGAGCACUCGUCGCACCAUACAGAUGCCAUCUUGACUCAGUCACAAGCCAUCGCUGAACGCUUCCAAGACGGCGUUGAUAGCUCGUCGACCUUCUGGAACACCAGCACCAGAAUGGCCGACGGGCAGCGGUUUGGCUUUGGCACCGAGGUUGGCAUCAGCACCAACAAGAUUCACGCGCGGGGACCGGUGGGAUUGGAAGGCUUGACCAUUUAUCGCUGGCGGAUCAAUGGCAAUGGGCAGGCGUCGGCCGAGUACGGGGCGGGGGGCAAGGCUUGGAAGCACCAGAAGCUGCCGGUGGGCGAGCAGGAAAGAUACGCAGUGACCGACGAGGAGUUCGAGCUCUUGAAGCAGUUCCGUGCGCGGAAGUCGGCGAGCUGAAGGGGCAAGGGGUGAUAGUGGCUGCGGGCUAGAGAUAGGCAAGAAGAGGUUAGACGCGCCAACAGCGGCCCGAGUCAUGGAGCCCGCGUCACUCUAGUGGGUCCGCUAAAUCCACUGGCUGCCGUCCCCGCAGUCUGGUCAAGACCCCAUGACUUUAGGGCGUUUGGGGGAGGGUUUUCUUUACGUGAGGAGGACGGGCUUUUACGUUGCGAUGACAGCUGCUUUGCCCCCAGUGGAUAGCGCAAUUCAUGUGACCUUUGAUGGGCUUCUUC